AUUCCUUCCAUUCCAGACUGCCUCUCGGGGGUAUCUUCUGAUACUUGGGCAACCGCUUGUUCUCUCCAUUUCUUGGAUCAUACACCUCGGGACACCGAGCUCUUUUGACUCCUCGACACGAUACUGUGACCGCACAUAUUGUUAGCCCGCCUAGCUAGUCUCGCCGAAAACAUCCCCUCCGCACCCAUGGCCGUCCCGCAGGAAAAGGUGGCUGUCCACCACCAGGUCACCAGCGUCGCCCUCCCCGAGAAGGCAGCGUACGCAAAACUCUCCGAUGGCCUCACCUCCGGCAACCUGACUCCCGUCGCCUCGACUCCCGAGAAGAGCUUGGAGAUGCCCCGUGACAGCAAUCUCUCUACCCCGCGGUCGUACCGCAACGAUAACCCCUUUGAUACGGAUAUUGAGGCUAUGAUCACCACGACGUCAUCCACCGACCCUUACGCCAUGAAGAGCAUCACAACUACAAAGGACUGCCCAACGAUAUGGCCCGGCAAGCAGGAUUGGAAGGCCAAGGCAAAGGCUGCGAAGCGUGACCGUGGCUCUUGCGCCUGCAUGGCCCGCAUGAGCAAGAAGAACCGCAUCAUCAUGAAGGUCGCAAUCGGCCUUCUUAUUAUCGGUAUCGGUGUUGGCGUGGGAUUCGGCGUCAGCAAGCCUCUGGGCGCACCCAUCUGGGGCGAUUCUAAUAAGAGCCACUGAGGGAAAUACCUUUCGCACCACUUUCCAACAGAAGUCUGCUUGAGAUCUUUCUCACCAUUCUGCCGAUACAUAUAUCGAAUGCUCGCCAAGGCAUUCACCCGCCACCACCACCACCACCACCGCCGCCGCCGGCCCCACCACUACUACUUUCGAUGCCGUACAUUUGAGC